AUGUACCAGGAAGAUGAACUCGCUAUUCUGCCGGAGGACCUCACUUUGCUCCAGCAGCUCGAGCAGCUAGACCACCUGCCCGAUGCACUUGUUGCUCAACUACAUGCAAAGCGGACACUGGACGCACGGCUUAUGGUCAAGAUUGACAAGGAGCAUACUCUGACACUCCUUGUCAAGUACGCAUUCUUUCCUGCAUCUGAAGAGGAAGGCCCUACUAUAAGUCUGAUAAGGCCGACCUUUCUCUCGAGGCUGGAGUUUGAAAAGCUCGCUGCAGGCUUACCCUCUGGCGAAGAUGUCCUCGCCAGUGCCUCUCAGUAUCUCCUUGAUGAAGCACCUCGUCUCAUUGCCCGGGAUGAGAUGGAGACCCGGCAAGAAGCAGCCACAAAUGAUGCACUGGCGCGCAUCUGGUUCUACCUCCCAUCCUUGUCCACACGCUCUAAACGACUCGACAUGUGUCGCCUUGCUCCUCAUUACAACCUCACUGGUUUUGUUCUCGCAGGCAAGCCAGGCGUCUUGUGUCUUGAAGGCACACCGCGACAAGCUCAAGCCUAUAUGGCAGACAUCAAGUGCAACUCAUGGGCAGAUAUCCCUAGUUUUCAAAAGAAGAUCACGGAACGCUUGAGGGAAGAUAAUAUCGAUGCACGUCGCUUUCAGGACAUGGCGGAGAUCACGGAUGCUAUCGCUCAGCACGGACAACGUGGUAAUCGUGGCGAUCUGGGACAGGUGGAAGCAUUUCUCAAGGAGCGUGAUCUUGGACAUGUCUUUGGGUUUGUAUUUAUGCAGCAAAUGUGA